AUGUUAGGGUGCUGUCUUUGUACAGGGCAUGUGAUAGUCUAUGUAAGCAAUCUCUCUCUCUUCCUUACCGUCACUAUUACAGCCCCUCUGAGGACUGGGCUUGCCUUUCGUUUUUCCCCACCCUCCGCUCCCUUUAUACUGUCUCCGCAGCCUGCGCAGCGGCACCCGCAAGCUUUCCCGUGCAGUGAGUCCCUCCACUCUCGAGGCAGAGCCUCAAGCGAUACAGAUUGGACCUCCCUGCCGGGACGGAAAGCCCCUGGCUUUCGCCCAUCAUUGCGCUUCGCGCACUGGCCUUUCUCUCUCUGA